AUGGCGCAUGACUUUCAAAACAGUAUGGCGGUUGGGCCUGAAUUUUCAGCAGGGGUCGCUUGGGUUUCUCACAGUCAAGGACGCGCCGAAGUGCCUCUCGGAAUGCAGUGUCUGCCUACACCGGCACUUGCUCAUAUAUGGACAUUGUCGGAUGUGAAUAAAGAUGGCAAGCUCACUGUCGACGAAUUUUGCAUUGCUAUGCACCUUAUAGACAUGGUUAAAGCCGGUUACGCACUUCCCGAUCAAACUCCUCCAGAAUUGGUGCAGAUGUGUGGUCUCUCACGAUCAGCAAGUAAUAGUCCUCAGUUAGAACCCGGUGCACCCCCAGCACAGAAGAGUCCGGCUCCAAAGACGUUUGAGGACAAGCGUAUGGAUAACUUUGCUCGUGGGCAAGCGGAAUUGGAACGAAGGCGACAGCUGCUCAUGGAGGAGGAAAAUCGACGACGAGCCGAAGUUGAAAAGCGAGAACGAGAAGAAGCUGAAAGGAAAGAGAGGGAGCGGUUAGAAAAAGAAAGGCAACGUGAACUUGAACGACAAGCGGAAUUAGGUAUUUGA